AUGGCGAUUACGAUAUUCCCAACAGUGGAGAAAUGUGCAUCCAUAGGACGAGAAAAAGACACGGUGGUAGCAGACAUGGAUGGAACCUUACUUCGAGGUCGAAGCUCUUUCCCUUAUUUCGCCUUAGUAGCUUUCGAAGUCGGAGGGAUUUUAAGGUUACUUUUUCUACUCUUUUCUUCACCACUCGCUGGACUACUUUACUAUUUCGUCUCAGAAUCGGCAGGAAUUCAAGUCCUUAUUUUCGCCACUUUUGCUGGGAUGAAGGUUUCUGAUAUAGAGUCGGUAGCACGUGCAGUGCUACCUAAAUUCUACUCAGAGGAUAUUCAUCCCGAGUCAUGGAAAGUGUUCUCUUCUUGUGGGAAACGUUGCGUUUUGACGGCGAAUCCGAGGGUUAUGGUGGAAACAUUCUUGAAGGAUUUUUUGGGAGCUGAUUUGGUUUUAGGGACUGAGAUAGAAAGUUAUAAAGGUAGGGCUACUGGUUUUGUUAAGAAGCCAGGAGUGCUUGUUGGGAAAAAUAAAGGUGAUGCUCUUAAAAAUGCUUUUGGAGAGACUAAACCUGAGAUUGGUUUGGGUGAUCGUCAUACUGAUUUUCCUUUCUUGGCUUUGUGUAAGGAAGGUUACAUUGUACCACCAAAGCCAGAAGUUAAGGCUGUAACCACAAGCAAACUUCCCAAGCCCAUCAUCUUCCACGAUGGCCGAUUAGUCCAAAAGCCAACUCCUAUCAUGGCAUUACUCAUCAUACUAUGGAUCCCGGUAGGGUUCAUCCUUGCUUGCUUACGCAUUGCUGCUGGAUCCCUCCUCCCUAUGCCUAUUGUCUACUACGCAUUUUGGGCGUUAGGGGUCCGUGUCAUCAUAAAAGGUAACCCUCCACCUCCUGUUAAUAAAUCGGAUAACAAAUCGGGUGUCCUCUUCAUUUGUUCACAUAGGACACUUCUUGAUCCCAUUUUCCUAUCUACUGCCCUUGGAAGACCGAUUCCUGCUGUUACAUACUCCGUUUCACGCCUUUCUGAGAUCAUUUCACCGAUUAAAACAGUUAGACUUAAUCGUGAUCGAGCUCUAGAUGCUUCUAUGAUAAAGAAAUUACUACAACAAGGUGACCUAGCAAUAUGCCCCGAGGGGACUACGUGUAGGGAACCGUUUCUUCUUAGGUUCUCAGCUUUAUUUGCUGAGUUAACCGAUGAGCUAGUGCCCGUUGCUAUGGUUAAUAAGAUGAGCAUGUUUCAUGGUACAACGGCUAGAGGAUGGAAAGGGAUGGAUCCAUUUUACUUCUUUAUGAACCCCAGCCCUGCUUAUGAAGUUACAUUUUUGAAUAAGUUGCCCUAUGAGCUAACGUGCAAUUCGGGGAAAUCGAGUCAUGAAGUGGCUAACUAUAUACAAAGGGUUAUUGCUGCAACUCUUUCUUAUGAGUGUACAACUUUUACUAGGAAAGAUAAGUAUCGUGCACUUGCUGGAAAUGAUGGCAUUGUUGUUGUGGAGAAGCCUAAGAUCAAAAAAAGUAUAAUGGGAUGCUAA